AUGCCAGAGCAGAGCUGCCCGCCUUGCCAGAGCAGAGCUGCCCGCCCUGCCAGAGCCGGAGUUCAACCAGAGACAGCUCUGCCGAGAGUCAGCUUUACCACCAAGUUGGGCUUCAUGGGCUUUAGGAUCAUUCCAGCAAUUAAAGCCAAGUGGCCGCGUGGUGCAAACAUGAAUAUCAAGUUACAAUGGGAUAAUGCAAAUUCCCACAUGAAGUUACAAACAGACCCUGAUUUCAUAGCAGCUGCCACGUCAGAUGGAUUUAAUAUCCAACUGAUUUGCCAACCACCAAACUCGCCGGAUACAAACGUGAAUGACCUAGGGUUUUUCAGAGCAAUUCAAUCACUACAAGAUGACAAGUUGGCUAAUGGUGUAGAUGAUCUGCUCAACAACGUAAAAGAGGCAUUUGAAGAGCUUGAUCCUAUGAAGUUAAACAAUGUUUUCCUCACACUACAAGGCUGCUACCAUGAAAUCAUAAAAUGCAGGGGCAACAACAAUUACAAAAUUCCACACAUCAACAAGGAAAGACUCUUAAGACUUGGGAUUCUCCCAGAAUGCUUGGAGGUGGAAGAACAACUCGUGAGGGACUGUUUGGAGGAGUUAAGACAGCAGCAAAUGGAACAAGGCACAAUCUACAACCUCGAUUCACUGGUUCACUCACUAGAGCAGGUUGCACUUAUGGAUUAG